CUUCCUGCACUUGCUAACAGCUAGUUGUAAACAUUGAAAAUGCCAUCUUAAAGCAGCGGAGUCGUCCUUGAACUUUGUGACAGACGUCGCACUGCGAUAUUACACAAUAAAGACACGCGGACGGAGACAUGCGGGCUGUUAAAUGAGCGUUUGUGCCUGCUUUGCCACUUCUGCAUACGGUCUCUCCAGUCAUGGCAGGAAUUUUCCAGAGAACAGUGAGGCUGAGGGCAGCUCUGAGACAUCUGUGCCCCCACAGCACCCUCACAUGUGCAGCCAGACCUUCACCUGCAGACAGCCCAUUUCUUGCCUGCGGCUCUGGGCAGUUUGUGGCCUCCACUCGUAAGCUGCACGCUGAGCCCAAGUCCUCCCCUGCUGCAGCCCCAGAGAGGCUGCCUUUUUCCAGAGUAACAGAGGAAGAUUUGGCCUAUUUCAGGAAAAUCCUACCAGGCAGAACCAUCACUGACCCUGAUCUGGUUGAGUCCAGUAAUGUGGACUGGCUCAGGACUGUGAAAGGUUCUAGUGAAGUGCUGCUGAGACCUCAGACAACAGAGGAAGUGUCUCAAAUUCUCCGGUAUUGUAACAGUCGUAACCUGGCGGUGAACCCUCAAGGAGGUAAUACUGGGCUGGUCGGAGGCAGCGUGCCAGUUUAUGAUGAGAUCAUCCUCUCCACCUCUCUUAUGAACAACAUCCUCACCUUUGAUAAUAUCUCUGGUAUUCUCACCUGUCAGGCCGGUUGCGUCUUGGAGAACUUGUCCCUUUACCUGGAGGAGAGAGACUUCAUCAUGCCGCUGGAUCUGGGAGCAAAAGGUAGCUGCCAGAUUGGGGGUAACGUGGCAACUAAUGCAGGUGGGCUCCGGCUGCUGCGAUACGGCUCCUUACAUGGGACUGUGCUGGGCCUGGAAGUGGUGCUGGCAGAUGGACGGGUGCUGGACUGCUUGGCCACCCUGAGAAAAGAUAAUACAGGAUAUGACCUCAAACAGCUCUUCAUCGGGUCAGAGGGAACGUUAGGCGUCAUCACUGCGGUGUCCAUCCUUUGUCCACGGAAACCCAAAUCUGUUAAUGUGGUUUUCCUGGGUUGCGAGACCUUCGAGCAGCUGCUGAAGACAUUUCAGCUCUGCAGAGGCAUGCUGGGAGAAAUUCUGUCAGCCUUUGAGUUCCUGGACAGCGAAUGUAUGAGGCUGUUGAACACGCACCUCAAACUACCGAAUCCCAUCUCUGAUUGCCCGUUCUACAUCGUCAUAGAAACAUCUGGAUCUGACCCGGAGCACGACUCGCAGAAACUUCACAACUUUCUAGAGGAGGCGAUGACAUCAACAUUGGUUACUGAUGGAACGGUAGCAACCGAGGAGUCCAAAAUAAAGGCUCUGUGGUCGAUGCGUGAACGUGUCACGGAGGCGCUGACUCAUGAUGGCUUCACCUACAAGUAUGACAUCUCCCUUCCGGUGGAGCGGAUCUACCAGCUCGUGACGGACAUGAGGCAGCACCUGGGGGACCGGGCCAAGAGCGUGGUGGGAUACGGACACGUGGGUGACGGUAACCUCCACCUGAACAUCACUUCUCCUGCUAAAGAUCCUGCUCUUCUGGCUGCCAUUGAGCCUUUUGUCUAUGAAUGGACAGCCGGCUGCCAGGGCAGCAUCAGCGCAGAGCAUGGACUGGGUCUGAAGAAGAGAAACUACAUCUACUACAGUAAACCGAGCCAAGCUGUGGCCCUGAUGGGUAACAUCAAGGCCAUGCUGGACCCCAAAGGCAUCCUCAACCCAUACAAGACUUUACCAGAUAAUCUGAAAUGACUGAGGUAAUGUAUGUAGAGCUCCACUUCAGCUGAAACCUUAUUGGCACAUGGUUUGCGUGGCAGCUGAUGCCCUUUCCUGGCACACCCUUUUUCACACAUUUGCUACAGAGCUGCCGGCUUUGCACAAGACAUGGAAUUUGCCAAGCAAGCUGCAAACACCAUGUGAUGUCUGUUGUGUUUCCAAACCUUCAAGUAGUUUCAUUUUUAUUGUGCACAAAGCAUUACUUUUAGGAGCUGAUGAACUGAAGUUAUGGUUUGAAUAUUGUUUGAUCUACCUCUGCUAAUUGUACUGACAAAGUAUCCUUAGUCUGAUGCAGUCCUUGUCCUAUUUAAUAUUCAACAAGUUUCAGAUUUUGCAUUACGGAUGCUUUGUAAAGCUCAAAACAGAUUUUUCAGUGUUGAAGCAAAGUGAGCAAUCAUGACUGUCUUCUCUUUAGUGUGUCUACUAGUUGCCACUAGAGGGCAGACAGGGAAUGACAGUGGGAGUAAAGAAAUGUUUGGAUGAACAGUGAAAGUUUUUGUGCAUUUCUAUGUAUUAAAAUAAAUACUGAAGGCCACAA